AAUCGAUUCAAACAAUUUUCGGUCACCAAGCAGCGCGAACCUGCCAUGGCGUCGUCCAUGACCGACGACGACAAGAAGCUCGAAAAGGAGUUCCUGAGCAAGCGUCCACCGCUUGCAUAUGCAAAAUUGCAGGGAAAGAUCAACGACACAGAGCCCUUUGAAGUUGUCCUAACACAGUUGCCCGUGGAGCUGGGUCGGGGAGCGCCAAACGAUCAACAAGAAGGCCGCAUCAACUUGGGCGACCAGAAAUCCGUGUCUCGCGCGCACGCUCGUAUCAACUGGAACGCAGACAAGUCAUGCUUCGAGAUGGAGUGUUUGGGCAAAAACGGGAUGUAUGCUGCAGGUCGGUUGAUCCCCAAGGACACAACGGUGCCUUUGACUCCAAAACUUCCGAUAAAAAUUGGUGCCUCUCGAUUUUACUUCUUACCCGCGGUCAAGUCUCCUUGCGGCGUCCUGUCCGGCCUCAAACUCAUUCAGAAAGGAUUCGAAAAGGCGACGCAGCCAUCGGCGUCUACACUCGGCCUCACCGUGGAAGAAACACUUGACUCCAUCUUCAAAUGCUUCCGCGAUAUCGAGUACGAAGUCGGGGGGCGGGCCAACUUAGCGGCGUUGAUCAAGGGGUAUUUCGAGAAUUCCCCAACCAACUUUAAGCGCGUGAGCAUCUCCGCCGCUGGAGAACCAAGGUACACAAUCAUCAAGCCUGACGUUGACGAGAAGAAAAGGUCGGGGACGGCGGCCCCCGUCGAUGCGAAGAAGAAAGCCAAGACGACCGACGAACCGUCGGACGCAAAGGGUACGACAAGUGCAGACGGAAAUUUAGCUGUGCAAAACGAAUUGGUCGAUGCUCCAGUUAACGUGGAUAAACCAUGAGUGCCCCAGAUGAAUCCAACAAAGAGGUGGCAUG